ACGGGCGGAGCAAGCAGCAACGGGGGCGGAGUGCCCUAUCCAUGUGAGCUAACGAACGUUGCGACCGCGAGCCAGCCUUGGCCACCCCCGGCCGAAUUGGAUCCCCCACCACGCCAGCCAGCACAGCCUCCCCUCGUGCCCCCAUCCAGCGUCAUCAUAGCCAUCGUCUCCUCUCGUUUAGCAGCUAGCCAUAGGCCAUAGCCAGCCAGCACACGGCCCCCCCGCCGCCCCCUCCGCUCCGCCCUCCCCUCUUCCCUCCCCUCCGUCCUGGCCGGGCCCACCAGGCAUUCCUGAACUCCCCGCCCGCAUCAAAUCCCCCACCCGUGCCGUGGCCGCGCCCGCCCCCGCGUGCCCGAAUCCCGCCGCAAUCCGGCUGGUUUCCCCCCGUGCGCGGCGCAGCAGCGGGCCGUAAUGGCGCUGUCCGCGUCGGCGGCGGCGUCGGCCGGCCGGGGGUCGCGGGCGGAGAAGGUCAGGAGGAUCUUCGAGCGCUUCGACGCCAACGGGGACGGCGGGCUCGACCGGGACGAGAUGGCCGCGCUCGUCGUCGCCGUCAACCCGCGGGUCAAGUUCAGCGACGACCAGAUCUCCGCCAUCCUCGACGAGGUGUUCCGCACUUACGCCGAGUUCAUCCUCCCCGACGGCAGGGGACUCUCGCUCCCGGGGCUGCUCCGCACCUACGACGACGGCGCGGGCGACGUCGACCGCGACUUCCUCGCGCUCUCCCUGCCCGCCGUCGACUCGGACGCCUCCUCCCCGGAGAUCGCCCCGGGGGACGCCGCGACCCCCUCCUCCCCGCCCUCGGGGGCGGCCGUAGCCGCGUCGCUGCUCGACGACCACGUCAAGCCGCUCGGCGCUGGCGGCGGUGCCCCGCCGUCGGUCAGCUCCCGCGCCGCCGCCGCCGCCGCGCCGGCGUGGGCGACCUCGCCCAACCACGGCAUCGCCUUCGAUUCCUCGUGGGGGCUCCUCGACGACCUGGAGAUACUCGUCAAGCGCCUCCGCUCGAAGCAGCAGCGGAAGGGCUCCAUCGACGGGAGCGUCGGCGGCGGCGCCGGCAACAGCAACUUCGACUCUUUCUCCGAGGCCGGGUGGUCCAGAGAGAUCUCUGGCGCGGUUGAUUCGGCAUCCAGCGCCGCGCCGUGGGACGAGACGAGCCGCGACUACCUCACCUUCGUCAAGGAACUCGCCGUGCUACGAACGCGCGCCGACGCCUCGCGCUCGCGCGAGGAGGCCUUCGACAACCACAUGGUCAUCGGCCGGGCGCUUUCUGAGCACCGCCUCUUCCGGGACGCCCUAGCCAGCUUCCGCCGCGCCUGCGAGCUGCAGCCCACUGACGUCCGUCCCCACUUCCGCGCGGGGAACUGCCUGUACGCCCUCGGCCGCCACGCAGAGGCCAAGGAGGAGUACCUCCUUGCCCUUGAGGCCGCGGAGGCAGGCGGCUCCCAGUCCGCGGACAUCCUCCCACAGAUCCAUGUCAAUCUUGGCAUUGCCAUGGAAGCCGAGGGGAUGGUACUCGGUGCCUGUGAGCACUACAGAGAGGCAGCUAUACUGUGUCCAUCUCAUGCCCGGGCGCUCAAGCUCCUGGGGAGUGCGCUUUUUGGCGUUGGGGAGUACCGCGCAGCAGAGAAGGCGCUGGAGGAGGCCAUCUUCUUGAAGCCAGACUAUGCUGAUGCACACUGUGACCUUGGGUCAGCCCUGCAUGCGGUUGGGGAUGAUGACCGUGCUAUUCAGGAGUUCCAGAAGGCAAUCGAUCUCAAACCUGGGCAUGUUGAUGCCCUAUACAAUCUUGGUGGAUUGAACAUGGAUGCAGGUCGUUUUGUAAGGGCUGCGGAGAUGUAUACUCGUGUGCUGAGCAUCCGGCCAAACCAUUGGAGGGCACAGCUAAAUAAGGCAGUGGCUUUGCUUGGGCAAGGGGAGUCUGAGGAGGCUAAGAAGGCACUCAAGGAGGCAUUUAAGAUGACGCAAAGGGUGGAAGUGUAUGAUGCCAUCUCUCAUCUGAAGACACUGCAAAAGAAGAAGCCAAAGCUGUCCAAAGGAAAGGAUGAUGGGCAAGGGGAGCAGGCUUAUGUUGUUGUGGAGGCAUCCAAGUUCAAGAGGGUUGGCAGGAAGACUACCUUGCGGCAGGACUUAGCCAAUGCCUUAGAUAUAAGGGCCUUCGAAAGGAUGGCAAAGCUAGGCCAUUGUGAUGUGGAGCUUCUUAGAAAAGAGAUGAAUGAGACCGAUGUCCCUGUUUCUUACUCAGGCACCGGCAUCCCUGAGAAGUCAAUACGGAAAGCAGCUCUUGAGGUUAUUCUCCGCAGGCUCCUCUCUUUUCUCAAGCCAGAUACCUUUCAGGGUGCUAUCAAGGCAAUCAAUGAAAGAAUUCUCUCAGUCCUUGAUGCCCCUGGCUCUGGUCGGGUUGAUCUUGGAAUGUUUUUCGCCAUCAUUGCUCCAAUCUGUUCUGGCCCUGUGGAAAGGCGCAAGCGUGUCGUCUUUGAUGCACUUCUUUGGCGCCCUGCUAGCGAAGGCAGCAAUGGCCAGAUUAGGAGGAGCGAUGCGCUUACUUACAUUAAGCUUCUUCGUGCUGUUUAUAUACCCACCCAUGGGGCUAGUGACAUGCUCGAAAUGCACGGGGAGUCUGACCCUACCAUGGUAUCAUACACAGAGUUCCUAGAGAUGUUCAAUGACCCAGAUUGGGGAUUUGGGAUCCUCAGCACUUUGGUGAAGCUUGAAGAGAGUGAUCACAUACGUCACGGCCACCACACAUGCUCCAUCUGCCGGUACCCUAUCAUUGGAUCACGAUUCAAGGAAACAAAACACUCGUUCAGCCUGUGUAACCGGUGCUACAGCGAAGGGAAGGUUCCAUCAGCAUUCAAGUUGGAGGAGUACAGGUUCAAAGAAUACGGUAACGAAUCUGAGGCCCUCAUCGAUAAGUGCAUGUGCUUCAAUUUGCAUUCUAAGAAGUUGGAAACUGAUGCUUGAUCAUUCAAACUUUGAUCCCAAGUGCUCAAGCAUGUACUUGUGUAUUUUCCUAGGUGCAAAGAUGUCUAGCUAGUUCUCCCGCCCUCUUGUAAACUAAGGCGCUGUUAUUCGGAGUUCUCUAAAUGUGUCCCGGUUACUAAUAACCCUAAUGUGUUAGCUGUUGUUUUGUUCAAGUGUACGGGAAUGAGUAAAUGUGAAUUCCAUACACACUGUUGUCAGUUGUCACAGUCAAAUACAACCUUACUGACCCUUUGCAUAUUAUUGUUUGAGCCAGAACAAUUUUGGGUUUCA